AUGGGCAGCACCAAGUCCAUCAUUGAGAUGAUCUCGGACUUCUUCAAGCCGGAACGGCCGAGCUUCCAUGGGGAAUGGGUUUGCAUCGACACUUGGGGCUUGGAGGAGUUUCUGAAAGAGAUGGGGAUCUCCUAUAUGAAGCGGCUGGCGGCUUCAAAGGCCCCAUGGCCCAGCUGGGAGUUCCACCAGGAGCAGGAUACCUUCAAGUUCAUCAACCAUACGAUGCUGGGAGACAUCAUCGAGGAGUUCGUUGCAGAUGGGUCAGAGUAUACCACGGUGGAUGGUCACAAGCAAACUCUGACCUGUAUAGCUGAGUGGGAGGGAAAGACCUUGGUCAUCGAGCGCAUGGGGCCUCAGGGCCGGUUCCGUGAGGAGCGCUCCAUUGAUGAGAAGGGACAGCUGAACUUUCGGCUCAGUGGCCUCGAAGGAAAGUCCAUGUCAUGGGGCCGCAGCUUCAAACGAAAAGGGACCUGA